CAGGUUCAAGAGUCAUCAACAUGAUACUACAUCCACCGCAAAAUUCGCAGAUCUUCAAGUAGCCGGCCCGUUGGAAUCUGUGAUGAUGGCGGCGACUCUGAGCUUAUCAUAUUGCAAUCAAUCAUCGCGAGCUCCCCUGAGCUGCUUCGUAUCGUGGAUUCGACUGAAACUCGCCGGUGUCUUCCUUCUAAUAUUGGUCACCGCUUCCGGUGCCUCGGUGACCACUAGUACUUAUCCAGUAAAGCGAUUUUUACGACGGCUUUUGCCAACUUUUGCCGCUAUUUUGCCAAGAACCUGGGGUCGGGCUACAGCUCAAAGUACAGGCAGAUCCGAGGUCAGACGAUGACGCCGGAAACGGAUGACGCGCCGAAGUUCAAGCUUCAAGUUGAGUAGCGCGUUAGGAGGUACUUGAAUGUUGCUUAGAGAGUCCUAGAC